AUAGCCAUUAACGCUACCUUACCCUCUGGUUUCAUUUGUGGCUUCCUUAUCGUCUCCAGUUCAGGUUCCUCAGAAACCUUCAAUUCCUCAUUCCAGGUUCCCUCUUCCUCAAUCCUCCGUCUCUUCUUCUCUUCCGUUUUCUAUUUCCAUACCUUUGAUUGUCGGCGCGAAGGCUGUUGUUUCCAUUUUGAUCCUCUCUCUGUCGCUGCCGUACUAGAAGGGCGCAUGAAUUCUAAUUCAAGGAAAGUGAGAUUGUUUUCCCCUGGUGCAUGCUGGAAAUUAGGUAGUUAACAGUCAUGUAAUUGACCUGCUUGGGUACGGAGGAACAAUGGAGGAUAAGGUGCUUUGAUUAAAUGAUUUGGUCGUUAAGGUCUAGAAGAUGGCCUUAAUUACCCAUCAUCCUCAGGGUUCUUAUGCAGAAUUUUUAUCAAAAUUUUCGUCCUGGAAUGGUUCUUUGAAGCUAAAACAGUAUGUUACAUCUGUUCGCCCAGCUAGGAGAGAUGAACAUUGCACCCCAUUAAGGAGCAAUGUUUGUUUAAGUGUAGGAACUCCUCGAUUAUAUGGACCAAGACCUAAUCUCUUGAGAGUUUCGGCCUUCAAAAGCAGUGCUCGUAUAGAUGAUGGGACAGGUGGGGUAGCAAAUGGAUCUAAGAUUCCCAACUACCCUGUAAAGUUUAAAGAUGAUGAUUGUUGUACAGAAACUCCAAAGGCAAACAAUGUUCCACUUUGCUAUGCCUCUGGAGCAAAUGAGGAUAUUGCUCCAUCUCCUGCAAUUCAAAAUUUGUUCAAGAAAUGGUUGGAAUUGUUGCGCAGACAACCCGUAAGUAAAGAUGUGGAUGAAAUUCUUGAGGAUCUGCCCUCGGCAGGGAUGUCGGAUAUUCAGCAGGAGUCCAAUAAAAAGAAAAGCAAUGAGAUUUUGCGAGGUGUUUGGUUCCAUUUUUGGGGACUUAAUGCAGCAGUGAAGAUACCUUUGCUCGUAUUUGUUCCUAUGUACCUGGUGAUCAACGUGUUUUAUGGUGCUGAAGUUUCAAGAGAAUUGACUCCUCUCUGGGUUUUUGGGCCCUUCAUUACUGCUUUCUACGUUAAGAUGUUUCUCUGGUUGAGUUCCCUCUAUAUCUUCAGCUUUAAGUUGACUGCUAAACUAGUAAGGAACUCCCCCACUUACUACCAGACAGUGCAUCACUAUGUGAUACAAGGGAAACUUAAAGAAGAGUUCGUAGCUCGUUUCUUGCAACCGAUAAUCAACAUUAAGAAUCUAAAGAACAAAGAAGUAUUGCUAAGAAAGCUCAUGGAGUUAAGAGAGUGGAUUGUCGAUAAGUACCUUGAUUUUGUGGAAUUAAUUUGGCCGUACUACUGCCGAACAAUCAGGUUUUUAAAGAGAGCUAAUCUGAUUUAGACUAUGGUUUGUAUUUUGAAGCAAAUCUCUUACCAAGAUCGAAGGCUGGAUGGAUCCUGUUUCUUUCUCACAUUAUCUAAGAAGCUUGAUUUGUCAUUAAAGCAUGUCUGGCCUUCCACUUUUUGUGGGAGUAUAUUAGUGUUUAAUGAGCUAAGCAAGGAUCAGAAUGAGUUGAGUUGUCUGAUUUUGUGACUGUUGUGAUGAGGAUGUAAUUCUUUUUCCCUUGUUCUUUUAAUUGGAAGAGGUCCCAUUAAGUUGCGUUUUUCCUGUUAUAGUGAUGUAUGUGUAAGCAUUUUCAACUUGAAUUUUAUCAAUUAGUCUUUCCA